AUGUCCGGAAACAAGCCAGUCGCGAUCGUUAUUGGAGCUUCAAGAGGCAUUGGAAGACAGGUCGCUAUCGAUCUAGCCAGAGCAGGCUAUGCUGUCGUCGUAGCAGCCAAGACAGAAAGCGACGCCUCGAAAUGCAAACCUUUCCCUCCCAAUCCCAACUCCUCCGCAUCCACAAUCAACACCGUCGCCCGUGAGAUCACAGAACUGCACAAUGGCACCGCUCUCCCCGUCGCCGUUGACGUUCGCUCGUACGAGAACAUCCAGGCGAUGGUCGCAACCACAGUCAAGAAAUAUGGCCGGAUCGAUGUAGUGGUCUAUAACAGCGGCGCUAUAUGGUGGAGCAGUGUUGAGAAAACACCCAUGAAACGAUUCCAGCUCAUGCAGAGGGUGAAUCCGGAGGGCUUGUAUGGCACUGUGCAGGCAGUGUUGCCGGAGAUGUAUAGGAAUGGAGGGAAGGGAAAAGGGCGGAUUGUGGUUAUCAGCCCGCCGAUCUAUUCGAGGUUCUUCAAGGGGAAGACGGCGUAUUCUAUGGGGAAGGUUGGGAUGAGUGUGUUGACAAUGGGGUUGGCGGUGGAUUUUGAGAGGGAGGGAAGGGAGGAUAUGGCGAUUACGAGUUUAUGGCCGGCUGCGGCCAUCGAGUCUGCUGCUACACAGAGUGGGGAUGGAGUAGAAGACCUACGAAAGGAUCUCAGGACUCCUGACAUCUUCUCUGAUGCCAUUCUGUCCAUGAUCAAGGCUCCAGCCAAGGAUGUCUCGGGCAAGACCUUUCUCGACGAGGACUAUCUGAGAGACCACGAUGGCGUGAGGGACUUCAGCAAGUAUGCGCUCAUCUCGGGCUCUACACCACGGAGGAUCAUGCCCUUGAAGCUCCCAGAUCUUACAGUGGCAGAGCAAGAUGACGAGGGGGUGAGGAUGGAAAGCUCUAAGGCGAGACUAUAA